AUGUCCUCAGUGUCGAUAUGGCAGAUAAAACGUUACUCUUGGUCCGUUUCCAUAUUCAUCAACGUGCGCCAAUGUGCAAACUUGACGUUUCCUUCAGAAGCUAGGGUUCAACGGCGACAUCAUCGAAGCACUUGUAGAUCGGCCGGCGUUUGCGAUGAAGAGGCAGUUCGUCUUGAACUCAACGACCCCCCAUACAUGAAUUAUUUUUAUUCGGACUGCAAUUCGGCUUCCCAAGUCGUAGUGACAAGUCCCCUUCCGGACAGUAAUCUGACUCUCAUCGGACCACGACUUUUAAUCGCUUGGCCUGCUGGGAAUAGUGGCGUCGUAUCGUUCUUUCAACCACUGGAUGGCGCGAACGGAACACUUUCUAUCAACCUGGUCAACUCCUCUACUUCCGGCGACAGCCUCGACCCUAUUUACGAGGUUUCGGGUCAUACAAAAGAACCUGUAGUUGGAGUGAGAGGGCACAUCCAGUUCAAUUCGUCGGCGUCACUGGUUGUAGCCAUUCUUGGGAGUAUUCGUACAAUACGAGACUUCACCGAAGGGCCUAGCCUGUUAUACCCCAUCUUCCAGGACGCCAUCAACAUCACAGUGUCAGAUGAUUCUAGCGUCAAAUUGUCGCGUUUGUGGCUGGACAACGUAACGACGACUACACUGGCAUUUGCCCCUUCUGGAUGUGAUGCAUCGGUAAUGGUAAACAACAAUACCAUUGAGUUCUCAGCCGGGACCUACGUCUUCAAUGCAUCUUUUAAUUAUCCCCAACUUGAGCAACUUGGCCCAAUGGAGACUUUGAAUGAACUAUCUCAAGAUUUAGUUUCUGAGUCAACAGGCCAAGUGGAAUCUCUCUCAUUCUUGUCCUACAAGAACAAACUUCUCGCCGGUGGCUGGCGGUUUCUCACUUACUUCGGUCGCGACAGCAUGAUUUCCAUGUUGCUGAUGGAGAAGAUUCUCAGCACAGGAGCCGGUGGAACAUUCGAAGCCGGUAUUGGUGCUGUUCUAGAGCGCAUCAAUCGGACAGAUGGAAGCGCUGCACACGAAGAAGGCAUCGGUGACUUUGCAACAUGGUUUAACCUACAGAGAAACAUCAGUUCGACAGCGCCGUCUUAUGAUUACCACAUGAUCGACACGGACUACUUCCUCCCUGUUCUUUUGAGGGACUACUUCAUCAACAACUCCGAUGGUCGGGAGCGCGUAGCCACCUUCAUGUCUACCGAAGCUACAAUCGACCCGGAUAAUGCUGGCCUCACAUACCACGAUCUAGCUUUGGUCAACGCCGAAAAGAUUAUGAAUGCAACAGCUGCCUUUGCUGGCCCUGGUGGGCAGAUACGGAAAAAUCUAAUUCAUCUCAAAGAGGGUGAAAUCACGGGCGAAUGGCGCGACAGCACUUACGGCCUUGGCGGCGGUCGCAUACCGUACAAUGUUAACACUGCCAUCGCACCGGCUGGCCUUCGGGCCAUUGCUGCUCUUUCCGAAGCUUCAUUUUUUCCAGAACACCCUGAGUGGGCUGAGAAGGCCGCAGCGGCAGCUCAGAUCUGGGAAGAUGAGACCCUGCGUUUCUUCGAGGUUAUUAUUGAGCAAGAUGAAGCCCGCGCGUUGCUCAACGACUAUGUCGACACGAACAAGUUUUCCUUUCCUUCACAGGCCGACGGAAUAAACGCUUCAGUUACGUUCUAUGGCCUGGCUCUCGAGGGCAAUAACGACAUAGACUUGGUGCGUGUCAUGAAUUCCGACGACGGCUUCAGGCACUUUCUCCUCAACACCACAAAUCAGACACAACUCAGCGCCUACUUGUCUCAAACAGCUGACCACAUUCUUCAACCGUUCCCUGCAGGACUGACCACCAACAUUGGGCUCCUCGUUGCGAACCCUGCGUAUGGUGGAAAGCCAGUCUACUCAGCAAACUUCACUACCUCAGCUUAUCACGGAACAGUUGUCUGGUCAUGGCAGCUGUCUAUGAUGGCAGCUGGUCUAGAACGGCAACUUGACAGGUGCAGAAGCAAGUCAGUGCCUGACUUUUGUGGAGACAAAACACUGCUUUUGAAGAUUACGACAGCGUACAACAGACUCUGGGAUGUGAUCGAAGAAAACUCCAGGAUAUUGAGCUCCGAGGUGUGGAGUUGGCGCUAUGCCGAUGACACAUUCAAUGCUGUCGCAUUGGGUGACUUGCCACCGCCCCCAGGCGUCAAUCCAACAGAAAGCAAUGUUGUACAGUACUGGAGCCUAACCUUCUUGACAGUGAAACGGAAUGAAUGCUUUCGAUGA